AUGUCUCGCAUUUGGGAUCUUAGUCGUGCCCGUCAGGACCCACCUGUUGCACCUGAUGGUUAUUAUGACUGGCAAGUUAAUGGUGGCGCUAGCUUUUCGGACACGCACCAGCAAUCUGCCAUCGUCAGCACCGCUAGUAAGGUCUUGACCUUCGUCAAGAAGAGCGAGGACCUCCACCUAGCAAGCCCAGCUAAGCUUGUUGCCUUCACCGACAAAGUUGUCAAUAGUUCAGCAGAGAACGAUCGUUUGGGUGCCUUCCAAGACGGCCUAGAUGUCCUAUCCAAGAUUCCAGCAGGUACCAAGAUAGGAACAGACUUGGCAAAUACGGCUGUUGGCCUUCUCUACAAUACGAUUCCGCAUCCCAUAGCUACUUUUGUGGGCAAUGAAUUCGCAUAUCGUCAAGCUGACGGAAGUCUCAACAACGUUCACGAUGCUAAUGUGGGCAAAUCCGGUGUUCCAUACGCGCGGAGCGUUCAGCCAAAGAAAAGUAUUCACCCAAGUGCUCUUCCAGACCCAGAGCUGAUAUACGAAACCUUGCUAAGAGCAAGAGACCGUGUGGAUCAUUUAGGAGGAAAUUCUGGUCUGACUUUUGCCUUCGCUUCUCUUGUCACCCAUUCACUGUUCAGGACUCGUCGAAAUGAUAUGAACAUGAACGAUGCGGAUUCUUACCUCGACCUCAGUCCUUUGUAUGGUGAUAACCAAGCUAUUCAAGAUAGUGUUCGUAACAAGGAUGCUGGACGUGGUCUUUUAUGGCCAGAUACAUUUGCAGAAGAACGACUGCUAUUUCUCCCACCCCCAGCUAGUGCUCUAUUAGUUCUGUUCAGCAGAAACCACAAUCAUAUCGCGGAGACGCUCUUCAAACUCAAUGAGAGGAAACGUUGGAGUGAUAAUCCAACUGACGUUCUUCAACAGGAUGAGGAAAUCUUCCAGACAGCUCGCCUUGUUAACUGUGGACACUUCAUGGCGAUGAUCAUGGGCGACUACGUGUCUGGUUUCCUAGGUCUUUCAGAAGGCAAUGCCUGGAAUAUGAAUGCCUUUGAUCCUAUCAAGACGUCGAGUGGUGAAGUUACUCGUGGCCAAGGUAAUCAUGUUAGCGUGGAGUUCAAUUUACUUUAUCGCUGGCACACGACCCUCUCUGCUGCAGAUGAAAAAUGGACGAAUGAUUUCCUUGCACAGUCCUUUGGCGGUAGAACUCUGGAGCAGGUAACAUGGCAAGAUUUUGUGAGAGGUUUAGGAGGAGUCAUUCAAGGAGCAUUAGCGACGCCGCCAAAGGAGCGUGUUUUUGGAGGAAUGAGCCGUGGUAAAGAUGGGAAAUUCCCCGAUGACCAAUUAGCGCAGAUAUUCCAUGAUGCAACAGAGGCACCAGCUGGCCAAUACCGUGCUAGGGGGUGCCCUGCAGCCCUGAAAUAUAUCGAAAUUCUUGGGAUCCAGCAAGGACGACAGUGGGGAGUGUGCACGAUGAACGAAUUUAGGAAAUGGUUGGGCCUUAAGGAGUUUGAAAGCUUCGAGGAAUGGAACCCAGAUCCCGUGAUUGCCAAUGCUGCCCGUCGGCUUUACCAACAUAUCGACAACCUUGAACUCUAUACUGGCUUGCAAUGCGAGCAACAUAUGCCUCUCAGUGAUGGCUUAAGGUUUUCGUGUGGUUAUACAAUGACGAGGGCUGUUUUGAGUGAUGCUAUCGCCUUGAUUCGAGGAGAUAGGUUCUAUACUACAGACUACACACCCCUCGCAAUGACUUCAUGGGGCUUCCAAGACUGUCAGCGUGAUCCUAACAAUGGGGGUUGGGGUGGUGCCUUGCCCAAACUCUUGAUGCGACACUUCCCUGCUUACUAUCCAAACGACAAUGUGUAUGGCAUAUUCCCAUUCUUCACUCCAGAGAAGAUGAAGUCCAGUCUUACGAGGCAAGGAAUCGCAUCGCAAUACAAAUUCGAUCGCCCUAUUCCUGCUGUGAUUCCAAAGUAUAUCGACACGUUUGAGGCUAUCAACUAUGUCUUUAAAGACCCUACGCGUUUCAAGUCUGGAUAUGACAUGUCAGGCCUGGGUCAAGGCUACGGAUUCAUGUUAGCGAUCGAUGACCGUACUCAACAUGAUAAGGAUCGUGCUUUGGCUCUACACAGCCUAUUCCCUGACAAAGACGCGGUCACCAAAUAUGUCAAGUGGUGGAACGAAACGACAGCGGCGGAAGUUAACAAACAGUCGUGGAAGUAUGACUCUGACUACAUCCCUGGAAAUUACGUGGAUAUCGUGAAUGUUAUCAAGACCGUCGGGGUACACUGGGCGGCAGAUACAUUGUGCGGGAUUUCCCUCAAGACGAAAGAGAAUCCAAAAGGACAGUAUACAGUUCAGGAAGUUUUUGAUCUUCUUGCUACACUGCUAUUCGUGGUUGGUGUACUUGGCAGGAUUAAAAACCUGGUAUGGGCCCCAACCGACAAGCCUUAUUACGAUUUCCUUUCUCGUUUGGGCCAAUCUGGACGUCCCUUGAAUGAGUUGGUUGCAAUGGUCGUUGGUCUUGCUGUUGGAUCUUCCGUGAAUCUGGCACAUGCUGCAAUCAACGUAGUUGAUUUCUACCUCGACGAAGAACGGGCAAAGGAGCGUGCUCAGAUCAUUGCCCUUGUGCAGAAGACCGAUGCGACCAGUGACAACUUGCUGCAAGGUUAUGUCCGGGAGGCAAUGCGUUUUAAUCCACAAUUUACUGGUCUCUACCGAAUUGCGGCAGCCGACGCUGAGGUCCCUAUUGACGACAAGCAUACUCUCAAUAUUAAGUCAGGAGAUCGUAUCUUCGCUAGCUUCCGAAAUGCAUACAUAAAUCCGGUGAACUUCCCGAACCCCGAUAAAGUUGACCCUACACGGCCUGCUGCGUCAUAUAACAUGAAUGGUUCUGGAUUCCAUCAAUGUGCAGGUGUUUCGCAAGCAGAGAGGGCUGUCGCAGAGGUCCUGAGGGUUGUCUUCAAGUUGAAGAACAUUCGCAGGGCAACGGGAGACGCUGGAGUGCUGAACCAGAGCACAAGAACGCCGAAUUUCACGCAUACGCCACUGAACGUAUAUCCCAAACCCGAUGGCACGUUGUCUGAUUGGCCUGUUUCGAUGCACCUCGUCUACGAUUCCUGAACAUCUUGGCUUUAAGGCAGCAGUGUUGUUUAUCUACCUGACAGUCCAUGAAUUCUUGCGUUGACGAUUUUGUCCAUCCUGUAACGUACUUGUGCCCUGGAUAUCUAGCCUCAUCUUGAAGUAUUCCAUACCAUAAUUGUACUUAUACACAUUAUAUAUAUAACUUUGAACGCCUUUCUGACGGG